AUGAAACCAGUAAGUGGUACAGAGAAUGUUGGUAUUCCCAACACGAUGAGCAGAAGUGGAGGAGAUGCUUUGAGGGCUUCAGGAUCAUGUGGGUUUAGAUUGCCUGGCACUGCAGGUUCAUUUGCUCAUUCAAACAGCAGCACGAAUGGGAAAGACGCAUUCUUGAAGCGCAAGGUGGAUAAAUUUGAUACAAGUGACUUGCAAUGGACAGAGAAAAUUCCUGAAUGUCCUGUGUACCAUCCAACACGGGAGGAGUUUGAGGAUCCUUUAGUUUACUUGGAGAAAAUUGCUGCUGAAGCUUCAAGAUACGGUAUUUGCAAGAUUGUAUCUCCUCUGAGCGCUUCUGUUCCUGCUGGGGUUGUAUUAAUGAGGGAAAAGGCAGGUUUUAAGUUCACCACAAGAGUACAGCCCCUUCGGCUUGCAGAGUGGGAUAGUGAUGAUCGGGUCACAUUUUUCAUGAGUGGAAGGAACUAUACCUUUCGUGAUUUCGAGAAAAUGGCGAACAAGGUUUUUUCACGUAGAUACUGUAGUGCUGGUGGUCUCCCUGCAACAUACAUGGAACAAGAAUUUUGGCAGGAAAUUGGUUGUGGAAAGACGGAAACCGUUGAAUAUGCAUGUGAUGUUGAUGGCACUGCCUUUUCAUCCUCGCCCACUGAUCCACUUGGAAGUAGCAAAUGGAAUUUAAAGAAUCUAUCACGGCUGCCAAAGUCUGUUUUACGUCUUCUGGAGAAUGCUAUUCCAGGGGUAACUGAUCCAAUGCUUUAUAUCGGAAUGUUAUUCAGCGUGUUUGCUUGGCAUGUAGAAGAUCACUAUCUGUAUAGUAUCAACUACCAUCACUGUGGGGCCGCCAAAACUUGGUAUGGGAUUCCUGGCCAUGCAGCACUUAAGUUUGAAAAGGUUGUCAGGGAACAUGUAUACACACACGAUAUUCUGUCAGCUGAUGGUGAGGAUGGAGCUUUUGAUGUGCUUCUGGGGAAAACAACACUAUUUCCACCAAAUAUAUUGUUGGAAAAUGAAGUCCCUGUCUACAAGGCUGUUCAGAAGCCUGGCGAGUUUAUCAUCACAUUCCCUAGAGCUUAUCAUGCAGGGUUUAGCCACGGUUUCAAUUGUGGGGAGGCUGUGAAUUUUGCAAUUGGUGAUUGGUUCCCUUUGGGGGCUGUGGCUAGCCGGCGUUAUGCCUUCCUCAACAGGAUGCCUUUGCUUCCUCAUGAAGAACUUCUGUGCAAAGAAGCGAUGCUUCUCUAUCAACAAGUGGAUCUUGAAGACUCGAGUUGUUAUUCCACUGGAGACGUGGCCUCUCAGCAUAGUGUCAAAGUCUCGUUUGUGAAGCUUAUGCGUUUUCAGCAUCGUGCUCGCUGGGUUCUAUCCAAAUCAGGAGCAUGCACUGGGCUUCAGAGAAACACCUAUGGCACUAUCCUCUGCAGCUUAUGCAAAAGAGACUGCUAUGUAGCUUUCAUUAACUGCAACUGUGAUUUGCAUCCUGUGUGCCUUCGGCAUGAUGUUGCAUCUCUGGAUUUCGCUUGUGGGAGAAAUCUUACUCUAUUCUUGAGGGAGGAAACUAAAGAACUGGAAGCCGCUGCUAAGAAAUUUGAGGAGGAAGAUGGUAUAGUGCAGGAGAUGCAAUAUCAGUCUCUCUCCAGUGAUGAUUGGUGUUUGUAUCCCUUAACUGAUAAGUGGCACAACACGAUGAAGGAUGGAUACAAUCCUUACUGUGAAAUAAAAUUCGAGUUUUCUGGUCAUUCUGCUUCGGAAGUUUCUGUUCUCGUGGAAUCUUCUUUGGGGCAGAAAGUAGAGUGUUCUUCUUUGGUGACUGAUGGAAAGGAGCUGCUUGACCUGAACACCAUAGGGAGUAUCGACGAUAGAGAUCUGAUGCAAGAAGAAUUGGACAGGACCCUUGGGUUCUCAAGGUCAUCGGAGUUGAAUGAUAAAUGCCCAAAGAUCCAGCAUGGGAAUAAUCAUGUUAUGGAGCCUAUGCCUCGUGCAGAUCAUUACAGUGAUGAUUCAGAUUCUGAGAUAUUUAGAGUUAAGCGUAGAUCUUCUCUGAAAGUUCAGAAACGAGCUGUUAGUGAUUCCUCAUUCCCCAGAAACGAUCCUGAAUGCCAGGGGUUUAAGCGACUGAAGAAGCACCAUGGGGAUGGAGGAAGAUGUGGGCAGUCAACUUCUCCAUCGUCAGAUUUCUCAACUCGGGUUGGUGGAUCUUCGAGUCGAAAUUCCAUGUCAUACUCAGAAGGUAGAGAAGCUUCUGGAAGUAGUAGUAGUGUCUUGAAAGAUAUGGACAGAUUGCCUAGGGGAAGCUCCAUGGCUCCCAUCUCAAUAAAGAUCAAGAAGGUCACCACCGAGGAAGCACUGAGUAGGCACCGAGAGUAUCAAAGAGAAGGAAGAUUCCAUCAUGACUUAGGCAGAAGACUGGAGUCUGCUCCCUCCAUAGAGAUCGGGCCUAAGCGUCUCAAAGUCAAAGGCCCCUCAUUUCAUCUAGUUUCAGAGAGCAGAUUAGAUUGA